GCGUCUGGCAACGCUGUUGGAACAAUGGCUGCGCCCAUUAAAAUGGCUGGCGACGUGCGGUCAAGUGACGCUCGACACUGGAAACGUCAAAAAGAAAGCUUGCCCAGGCCCAAGAUCUUCAAGAAGACAAAUGCGAAGUUCCAUAACAAUGCGUCGAAACCGGCAUUCGCCGGCGAGACUUCGGACACCGUCAAAUUCAACCAGAUACUCGUCAAACCCAACAAGAAGUGGUAUGAACAGCUGCCAGAAGAGGGUUCUGCUGUAACAGUUGCCGACAACCCUCCCGAACUGGUCUCGGCCAAGCGCAAGUUGGCAGAAACCCUGUUUGAGCAUGACAAGGAACUUUACAGAAAACACUCAGAGUCACGGGCACGUGCCUCAGACAUGCGCUGGGUGAGAACCGUGUUGGCGAAAGGCGCACUCGCCGACAAGGUGGCCGCCCACACGCUGCUGAUUCAGGAGAGCCCCCUGCACAACCUGGCGAGCUUGGAUUCCUUGCUCGCCAUGGUGACGCCCAAAGGAAAGAAGGAGUGUCUCCUCGCAAUGGAUGCUCUGAGGGACCUCUUUCUAUCAGAUCUCCUUGUACCUGACAAGAAACUGAAGUCUUUUUGUCAGCGGCCCCUGGCGAGCCUGAGUGGUAGUGGCCUGGUUGAAUCUCGGACGCUGCUGCUGUGGUACCUCGAGGACCUGCUGAAGCAGCGUUACGCGACCUUUCUGCAGUCUGUGGAGACGGUCUCCUUCGACCAAGUGGAGAAGCUCAAGCUGCGUGCGGUCACGUGCAUGUUCCACAUGCUCACCUACCACCCUGAAAGAGAACUGUUCCUACUGGAGCGACUGAUCAACAAGCUGGGUGACCGCACCCACGCAGUGGCCUCCCGGGUGGCCCACCACUUGACACAGCUGACCAAUCACCAUCCGCGCAUGAAAGGUGCUGUACUGACCGAAGUGGACCGGUUCGUCUAUCGCCCCAAUGUGGCAUCGAAGGCACAGUACUAUGCCCUCUGCUUUCUCAGUCAGCUCCUCUUGUCGGACAACGAUGUGUCCCUGGCCCGCUCCCUGGUGUCCUUCUACUUCACCUUCUUCAAGAAGUGCGUCCAGCGCUCAAAGGUGGCCGACGCUCGCACCAUGAAGGUGCUGCUGACGGGCGUCAACCGGGCGUUUCCCUACGCCCGAGCUAGCGACGCUGAGGGCCUGCCGGACGACCAAACAAACCUCAUGUUCCGUCUCGUCCACCUCACUGACUUCAACAUUGCGGUGCAGGCGCUCACGCUACUGUUCCAGAUCCUGGAUGCCAAGAGCUCGCUGUCGGAUCGUUUCUAUGGCGCGCUUUAUCGGAAGGCGCUGGACCCGGCGCUCGAGCACUCCAGCCACCAGACCAUGUUUCUCAACCUUCUCUACAAGUCGCUCAAGCGGGACACGGAGAACAACAGAGUCAAAGCAUUUCUGAAACGACUCCUUCAGGCGUGUCUUUACCGUUCUCCGCAUCUGGCUUGCGGCAUCCUAUUCCUCGUGUCCGAAGUUGUCAAGCUACGGCCAACUCUCCUCGAUGCUCGGACGUUUGAUGACAGCCCCGACGAUGAAGCCCCAGAGUGCUCGGUGCAACUGGACGACAAUGACAGCGAUGGCGAGCAUUAUGAUGAUGCUCCGGAUGACAGUGACGAAGGAGAAUCGUCAGGUGCCGCAAAACGAGCACGAUCGGGUUCUAGUGGUAGCCAGACAGGAACAGCCGGUGAAAAGCAAAGCACAGGCUCCUGGGUUCACACAAAGACGACAACCAUCGACGAGUCGGGAGCCCCAACAGUGGAGCGGCGGCGGAGGACCGGGUAUGACCCCCUGGCUCGCAACCCACUCUACUGCGGCGCCGAGUUCUGCCCCGCUUGGGAGCUGCGUCACCUCAGCCAUCACUACCACCCGUCGGUGGCGCUGUUUGCCGAGCGCAUCCUGCGAGGACAGCCCGUUGCGUAUCCUGGUGACCCGCUGCAGGAUUUCACCCUGUCACGCUUCCUCGAUAGGUUUGUGUACCGAAACCCUAAGGCACCCGCCGCCAACGAGCCUGUCAUGGAGGAUCAGGCGGCCAGUGUCUUUGGCAAGCGGAGACAAUACACGCCGAAGGGAGUCCGUAAAAUGGACGUGCUCAGUCGCCAGUACCAGCACCAGGUUGAGGCCAACAUUCCACCGGAGGAGACAUUCUUGUACAGGUACUUCAAGCAGGAGCGUGAGCGGCGCAAGGCCGAGAAGGGCAAGGACGAAGACAAGAAGAAGAAGAAGGAUGGAAACGACGACGAGCUUGCAUCCGACGCGGAGAGUGUGGCCAGUGACGACGUCGACCGGGUCCUGGACUUGUUCGAACCGGGCGUCGACGGGGAGCUGGACUUUGCCUCGGCCUUCUCUGGAAGCAAGAAACGCAAGAAGGGCAAGAUGGAGUCUGAUGAUUCCGGUGACGAGGAUUCGGAUGAUGACGAUGAUGAUGGCCUUGAGGGGCUUGAAGAUGACGAGGAAUACCAGGAGGCCCUCAAAGGGCUGCCCGUUGGCAAAGGUGGCUCGGAGAUUCAAGAGGAGGACAUUGAAUUUUCAGAUGAGGAUGAUGAGUUCAGCACCGGAGGAAAAAGGCCAUCCAGAGAGAUACCUGGCAAGGGCAAGGUCAAGAGUAAAGGUUUCGACUUGUCGAAGCUUGUUGCUUCUGCAGAAGAGUUUUCUCAUCUGUUGGAAGAAAAUGCCGGAGGUGUGGACACGACGACGUCACAGGCUGUCUCAAACAAGGACAAAGCAAGUGCAAAGCAGCUCAGAUGGGAGAGAGACCGAGAUGCCUGGGUCCGCGGCGAAGACUGGAGAAGUCGGAAGCGGAAGCUCGGCGCUGGUUCCGCGCCAAGACGUGGGAAAAUGGCGGGAAAGCGACAGAAGCGGCGAUGAUGCCGUUUCUUGCCUUCUGUGUAAUAAAAAGUCAC